AUGCGACUCCUUAACACCACGACGCUCAAGGUGAAGGAGUUUGUCAGUGAAAGACCCAAGUAUGCCAUUCUUUCCCAUACCUGGGGCUCGGAGGAAAUCGUUCUUCAGGAUACAGAAGCAAAGGACGAGGCUCCUUCUAGUGUGAAAGCCGGAUGGAAAAAGAUUAGGGGCGCCUGUGCGCUCGCUCUGGGUGAUGGCUUUGACUGGAUCUGGAUCGACACAUGCUGUAUCGACAAGUCUUCAAGCUCUGAGCUAUCCGAGGCCAUCAACUCCAUGUUCCGUUGGUACAGGGAAGCUGAGAUCUGCUACGCCUACCUUGAAGAUGUGCCUCCUUUGAGAUACGCUUCGCUCAUUGGCUUUCAGGAUCUCGCCCUUGAUCUGGACUCGAAUCAAACUAUGUCCAUCAGAAAGGAUCAGAACACCUUCCUCGGAAGCCGAUGGUUCACUCGAGGUUGGACUCUCCAAGAGCUUAUUGCACCGCAAAGAGUCGAGUUUCACGCUUCGGACUGGUCCUUUCUUGGGACGAGGAGUGAUCUUUCGGACAUCAUUCACAAACAUACCAUGAUCGACAAAGUGGUUCUCGAAGCCAACGGCGCUGAAAAGCUGUCAACGUUUUCUGUUUGGAGUAGAAUGCAAUGGGCUGCCAGCCGAGAGACAACUCGCGUUGAAGACACGGCUUAUUGCCUUUUGGGCAUCUUCGAGAUCAAUAUGCCGCUUCUGUAUGGAGAGGGCGAGCGGGCGUUCCGCCGUCUCCAAGAAGAAAUUAUCAGAACCAUUGAAGAUUACAGCUUGAUCGCCUGGACGUCAUACGAUGCGUCACCCCAGCCACUCAGAAUACACUCCUCGGCUCUCGCGUCACACCCAAGAGACUUCGGCACUAUGAGAUUAGAUACGACUUGCGUUCCGAAAGCCGCAAUUGAAAGGGACUUUGACAAGGACAUGAGGGGAAUCAGUAAAAAGAGAUGA